CGUGCUGUUCUCAAUUAAUAUUGUAUGUGGUCUCUGGCUUUGGUGCUGAUCAUUUGAAUGAGCGCGUCGCGAAGAGGAAGGGAUCUUGGAUGAGCACGCACACCAGAUGAUGGAAUUUCUCCCAGAGACCGCAGCUGCACGACCAGGACUGUCUCCCUCCGAGAUGAGAUAAGAAGAGCAGAGACAGCAGAUCAUACAGCGGGGAAGAUGUUCUGCACGAAGCUGAAAGAGCUGAAGAUAUCAGGAGAGUGUCCGUUCUCCAGCAGCAGCGGUGCCCAAAAUAAUGAGCUCGGAGACUUUGAGGAACGCUCAACUGACGCUGCGGAUUUAAUGCCUAUUUCUAAGGACGUGCACGAAAUAGCUGGGGAUCUACCUAAACAGAAGACAAGCCGAGGCAAAGUUAACCUGCAUACACUUGGGGAGAGCAUCCGAAAAUUGGCAUGUCCCGAGUUUCAAAGGCUGCACACUGCCCUCCAACGAAUGAUGAGACUAUCAGAGCAAACCAGGGGCUCUCAAAGCCCAAUAAUAUGCUGCACAGACUAUCAGAGCUGCAGUGAACCAGAGCAUUUAGUGGAAAUGAUGAACUUGUACUCAACCAAAACAGCAAUCCAGAUGGAAGCUUUAAAAGUUGCUCUUGGCGAGGAGCUCUUCAACAUGUGUUAUGAGGAGGACGGACACAUUUUGAGGGUGGUUGGGGGUGCUCUCCACGACUUCCUCAACAGCUUCAAUGUCUUGUUGAAACAGAGCAGUGUGCCUCCCAACCCGGACAGAGAGGAUUGUGUAAACGAACCUUCGGUGCUGUGCUUAGACAAGGAUGCAGGUCUGCUAACUGUCUAUUUCUUCAACCCCCGUCCGACCACUGAGCUCUUCUUCCCUGGAGUCAUCAAAGCUGCUGCCCGCCUUCUGUAUCACACCACUGUGGAAGUGUUGAUGGACCCCCCCUGUGUUAAAGACAGCAUAUUGCAGUCCAGCCCGCAGCCUAGUCUUCUGUACACAGUUGUGGUUAAGGAUGCUAAAAGUCUGAGCCCCAGUCCGCUGCGGGCUAACUCAGCUGGGACCCUUCCUACCUCUCUGUUCUCCACCAUCUUCCCUUUCCAUCUUAUCCUGGACCAAGACCUGGUUUUGGUACAAAUAGGACACGGGCUCAGGAAGAGACUGUUCAGGAAAGAUGGGCCGAGGUGGUCUUCUACCUUCCAAGAACACUUCUCUAUUAUCUCUCCCCAAAUCAAAUGUACCUUUCAGGGUAUUCUGACCAUGCUAAACACACAGUUCCUUAUUCGGAUCGCACAUGGAGUCUCCAUCGCAGAUAACACUGGGAAGCCUAUGGACCUUAAAGGUCAGAUGAUCUACGUUUCAGAGUCAAAUGUCAUCUUGUUCUUGGGAUCUCCAUGUGUGGACAAACUGGAGGAGCUAACUGGCCGCGGCCUCUACCUGUCUGACAUCCCGAUACAUAACGCACUGCGUGAUGUGGUGCUGGUUGGGGAACAGGCCAAAGCUCAGGACGGUUUGAAGAAGCGUCUGGGGAAGGCCAAGGCAGCCCUGGAGCACGCUCACCAGGCACUGGAGGAGGAGAAGAAGAAGACAGUGGACCUCCUCUUCUCCAUCUUCCCUGGCACUGUGGCGCAGCAGCUGUGGCAGGGCCAGACAGUGCAGGCCAAGAAGUUUGACCGCGUGACGAUGCUCUUCUCUGACAUCGUGGGCUUCACGGCUGUUUGCUCACGCUGUACGCCAAUGCAAGUGAUAACCAUGCUCAGUGAGCUAUACACCAGGUUUGACCACGAGUGUGGGGAGCUUGACAUCUAUAAGGUGGAGACCAUUGGUGAUGCGUACUGUGUAGCUGGUGGCUUACACAAAGAGAGCGAGACUCACGCUGUUCAAAUUGCACUAAUGGCCUUAAGGAUGAUGGGGCUCUCAGACGAAGUUAUGACGCCAACUGGAGAACAAAUACAGAUGCGUAUUGGCGUGCACACUGGUUCAGUACUGGCUGGUGUAGUUGGAGUGAGAAUGCCACGCUACUGUCUUUUCGGAAACAAUGUCUCACUGGCUAAUAAGUUUGAAUCCUGCAGCCUGCCUAGCAAAAUCAACAUCAGCCCCACAACCCACAGAUUGCUGAAGGACCGGCCAGAGUUUGUCUUUGUUCCCAGGAGCAGACAGGAGCUUCCUGCCGACUUCCCAGAAGACAUCCCUGGUGUUUGUUACUUUUUGGAGGAGUCCUUCAAAACUUCAUAACUGACUAUGAAAUAAAGUCAAGAUGCUGCAGAGCCCAAACAUGUUAUAUUUGACUAAAUAUAAAUGUAUCCAGUGAACACAGUGUGAACACAUUGUAUAUUUUGUUUAGGUUUGUUUAGAUAUUGAUGAUAUUGUCUAUUAGUCAAACUCUUGCAGCUGUUAAAACUGACAUGUCAGUUUGCUGUCCAACAUGAGUCCUGUCUCUGUAAAAUGAUCCAUAGGUAGAGUGUAGCGCAGAGAAAAACUCACUUCCUUCAUUUUUCUUCCAGAAUGAGUAAUAUCUGCAAAUAUGACAUAUAAAAGUGGCUUUCUUUGACUGUUGUUCAUUUCAGAAUUUGGGCAUACAAUCUUUUAAGUCAGUAGCUGCUUCUGGACUGCUGUAAAAAAGUUAAACAUAUCGCCUUUCAUCAUAUGAUAUUACAUUUUGGAUGUUUAUUCUCAAUGUGAACAUAUUUCUUUUUUUAUCAAUAUGGUUUUCUGUAAAUAUCUGAUCUUAUCCAUUCAGAUCUGUCCAUUAAGCACGUGCUAAACGUUUCUUGGCCUUUUGGUAUGGCAGAAAACUUAAGAUUAAAACUGUUUAGGUUUUGUGAGUUUCAUGGGAGAAUUUAUUUCCAAAUAAUUACGAAAAAUGUAGGACAUUAUAAUGUUGUCAAAUAUUAAGGAGACCCCCUUGACUUUUUUAACUGAGAUUCAGAGCAGAUUCAGGUGCCUUAUGGGAAAUAUACAGGCAGGAUCUUAUAUUUUUCAUUUCAUUUAACCUGUUUUUCUUUAUUUGGAUAUGGCUCAAUAUGAAUUUACAUGUUCAUAAUUCCUUCCAGAGGUUUAUUAUUUAAACUAAGUAUAUAUUUGUUAUAACAUGUAACAUAGACUUCCAUUUAUUAGAGAGAAAGUAUUCUAAUAUAGAGUUUCCUGAUAUUAUUAAUGUAACUUGUAUUUUUUACCUUUUCCCCACUGCACACAUGUUUAUACAAUAUUUAUUACAUUGGGUUCACAGUCCUCCUUUCCUUUACAGGGGGAAUACAAGACAACACAAAUACAAUGAAUGU